AUGGGAGGCUAUGGAGGUCAGACCCCGGGAAUGGGUGUAGAGAAAUCUAACGCCAAGUAUGGCAUUGGUGGGUUGCAAUUUGGCGGACAACCCCUCAAUACAGGUUAUGCUGGGAACCCCUAUGCUAGUGCGGGCAUAUAUGGUGGUCUUGGUGCCGGCAUGGGAGGGAAUCCUGCACCCGCACAAUACGAAUACGGUGGAUUACCCAACGGUGGGCAGUACCCUGGUGUCGGCAGUAAUGGUUACGGGAGAAUGCCUUAUGAAGCUCAGCCAGCUGGAAUAAGCCCUGAAGCCAAAUCUGCUGAAACAUAUGGAUAUGGACAUGGUUACAAUGGAGGUGUACAACCUGAGUACGCAAGUCUUGGCCAGGGCGUACACACUGCUAAUGGAAAAUCAGGUAGUCCCAAACAGAUGCCUUACAACGGAGCCCCGAUCGUUCCUGCUGGGCUUGAUGGAAUGAGCCAGUUUGAGCCUCAGGCUGUUGGCCUUGGUCCAAAUGGAAAGCUGAGCAGCAUGUAUGGUGCUGCGUCACAAUAUCAGACUGAACCACUUGGACAGAACGGAAAAUCCACAGGCAUAUACGGUGGUGGUGAAGUUCCCUAUGCACAACAAGCUCCUGUUCUUGGAGGGGAUGAAACAUCUUAUGGGAAAUAUGAAAACCAGGGACAGUACCAGUCACAGCCUUAUGAAACUGCAUCUGAAGUGGAGGGAGAGGGACAGACGCCAGAAAUUGCGGUUGAAGGCGAGGGGAUGUCCCUUGAUAGAUACGAACAUGUGGGCUAUAUCAAUGGAGAAGCUCAGCCAGAAGUUGUUGAAUUCCCUGGAGUUCCCACUUCCAGCCCCACCCUGGCCUACCCCUCGGACUCCUCUGACCCCUCCUAUCUGCCCGUGGAGGUCUUCACUCCUGCAGCAGGAGUCGAGGACCUGUCGGACCCAGCCGGCUCUGACGACCUCCUCCUCCACUCUGCCCCCGCCACAGAGACGCAGGGCGGCGAUCAGCCUGAGGAUAUGCAGCAUCAAGAGGAGAUGCCCCGUCAGAUACACAUCCAGCAGCAUCUCAAACUGCAUUUUCACCCAAAAGGCAAGUCCUCCAGAGGGUCAAAAUAA